AUGUCCACCUGCCCAGUCACCGAAACCCGCCUCAGCCAGAUCGCUGCCGACGUAUGCGCCCUGAUUACGAGACUCAGAAGGCUACACAUACUGACACCGGCCAGGNCUUGCAACAAUGCCUUCAGCAGUGCCACCGCAUACAACCACGCCCAGACCGAGCAAUGGAACUCCGAAAUCAUUAAAUCUAUCCUGACCGCUCUCAUCUCCGAAUCCAAGGGCGAGGUCCAGUACAAGUUCGCCGUAAACUCCACCAUCAUCCAGCACCUUACCGACCCACGUCCUGCUGGCUCUGACGCCCCUACCACUUCCUCAACCGCCACUGUCGGCCGCCGCGGUAUGCACUCUGCCACUGGCGCAUACUGGAACACCGAGAAGGACGGCAUCUGGAACUACAAGUACGAGGGCGGCGAGGCCAAGGGCAUGGAUGUCGUCGUCUGUAUCAUGUGGGUCGCCAACUGA